AUGAAGUUCAUCUCUAUUGUCGCUCUCCUAGCCCCCACCGCCCUGGCCGCCAAGCAGGCACCUGGCGAUGCCUGGAUCACUCUCCUCAAACAACAGUGCCCUGAUAUGCCAGAGCGGUGUAUUGAUAUUGCUAAGAAAGUCCAUCAGCCGCGGUUUGAUAUGGUUUCAGUUACUGCAGCCAUACCGGCUUGUAUCCCAGCCUUUGGAGAAUGUAUCAAAAAUCUCUCAGGCGGCUCUGAUGCUAUUUCUGCUGGUCCUUGGCCAGGCGCCGCCCAAGGAAAGCUCGUUACAUGCCUCCUGCAAAUUGCGCCUGAUCAUCUUAAGUACUUUCUCGACAAUGAUAGCGCCGGGACACCAAUUCCGCCCGCCCAAAACUGUGCAUUGCGAGAGCUGCACCGCGUAGCGCACGUUGAACUGGGUCCCUUGGCAUAA